CUAGCCAGGCCGGGCCUCCUAGUUGCCCGGCAGAGCCGACGCCACCGCUAUCUCGCCGCUCCCGUCUGCCACUGCCGCUCGAGGCCCGGGUCGCCGGUCCCUGGACCCUGGGGAGUUGCCCUGGGCCGCCAUGGGCUUGGAGAUGGAGCCACUGCUCCUGGCUUGGAGCUACUUUAGACGCAGGAAGUUCCAGCUCUGCGCCGAUCUGUGCACGCAGGUGCUGGAGAAGUCCCCCUAUGACCAGGCAGCUUGGAUUUUAAAAGCACGAGCACUAACUGAAAUGGUGUAUAUCGAUGAAAUAGAUGUGGAUCAGGAGGGAAUUGCAGAAAUGAUUCUGGAUGAAAAUGCUAUUGCUCAAGUUCCACGCCCUGGAACAUCCUUGAAACUUCCCGGAACUAUCCAGACAGGAGGACCAAGUCAAGCUGUCAGGCCAAUCACUCAAGCUGGAAGACCCAUUACAGGUUUCCUUAGGCCCAGCACACAAGGUGGAAGGCCAGGUACCAUGGAACAGGCCAUCAGAACACCCAGAACCGCCUACACAGCACGUCCUGUCACUAGUUCAUCUGGAAGAUUUGUCAGACUGGGGACGGCUUCUAUGCUCACUAGUCCUGAUGGGCCAUUUAUAAAUUUGUCUAGACUGAAUUUAACGAAAUAUUCCCAGAAACCUAAAUUGGCAAAGGCUUUAUUUGAAUACAUCUUUCAUCAUGAAAAUGAUGUUAAGAUGGCUUUGGAUCUGGCAGCCCUUUCCACGGAACAUUCUCAGUACAAGGACUGGUGGUGGAAAGUACAGAUUGGAAAAUGUUACUACAGGCUAGGAAUGUAUCGCGAAGCAGAAAAACAGUUUAAAUCAGCCCUGAAGCAGCAGGAAAUGGUAGAUACAUUUCUCUAUCUGGCAAAAGUUUAUAUCAUAUUGGAUCAACCUGUGACUGCUUUAAAUCUUUUCAAACAAGGCUUAGAGAAGUUUCCAGGAGAGGUGACCCUCCUUUGUGGAAUUGCCAGGAUCUACGAGGAAAUGAACAACAGUUCGUCUGCAGCUGAGUACUACAGAGAGGUUCUGAAGCAAGACAAUACUCACGUGGAAGCCAUUGCGUGCAUUGGCAGCAACCACUUUUAUUCUGAUCAGCCAGAGAUCGCACUCCGGUUUUACAGGCGCCUCUUGCAGAUGGGAGUUUAUAACUGCCAGCUUUUUAACAACCUGGGGCUGUGCUGCUUCUAUGCCCAGCAGUAUGACAUGACUCUAACCUCAUUCGAACGUGCCCUUUCCCUGGCUGAAAAUGAAGAGGAGGCAGCUGAUGUCUGGUAUAACCUAGGGCACAUAGCUGUGGGAAUAGGAGAUACAAACUUGGCCCAUCAGUGCUUCAGGCUGGCUCUGGUCCACAACAACCACCAUGCUGAGGCCUACAACAACUUGGCCGUGCUGGAAAUGAGGAAGGGUCACCUCGAACAGGCAAAGGCACUGUUACAGACUGCGUCGUCUUUAGCACCCCAUAUGUAUGAGCCACAUUUCAAUUUUGCAACAGUCUCUGAUAAGAUUGGAGAUCUACAGAGAAGUUAUGUUGCUGCUCAGAAGUCUGAAGCAGCAUUUCCUGAGCACGUGGAGACACAGCAUUUAAUUAAACAGUUAAAGAAGCACUUUGCUAUGCUCUGAUUGGCCCUUGGACCAAGUAUCUUCUUAUGAAGGGUUAUUGCAUAAGGGGAGAAAGUAGUUUGUGUGUUUAUACUAAUAGUAUGAUGUAUGAUAUACAGACCUGGUCAAGUUUCAUAUGAAUUUAAACCAGAAUGUAUAGUUUUUAUAAGAUACUAUUAUAAAAAUUUAAGUGUUUCCUGCUUUUGUGUUUUCAGUUAAAACACAUUGUGUAUAUUCAUUUGUCAUAGCAGGACAUUUCCAUACAAGUAUGUGAUAUAUUGAGCACCUCCCUCACUCCCUCCCCCCUCCCAUUUGUCCCCUUUCUUCCCCACAGCAGCUCCACUUCUGCUCCCACUUCAUACGUACACAAAUGAUUUUGUGUCUGUAUAAGAUCUAGGAACUGAAAAUGACAGAAAACGUACAGUAUCUGUUGUUCUGAAACUGGCUUAAUUUUUGAGAGAGAGAGAGAGAGAGACAGAGAGACCCCCUUACUGUUUAGUCCAGGCUGGCCUUCUGGCCUUGAAUGUGUGAUCUUCCUGCUUCAGCCUCUUGAGUGCUGGGAUUACAGACAGGUGCCACCAUGCCCAGCUGACUUAAGGUUUCUAAGUAGAUAACAAAACCUCUCACUUUAUAUGAUGGCUAUUUGUAUGUAGUUGUUAAACAUUUUAGUGAGCUUCCUCCAAUUUUUUUGAAUGUAUAUUUUAAAAAUCUUUAAGCAUUAGCUGUAAGAUAGCUUAAGAAGUUGGAAAUUGUCCUUUAAAUUUUACUCUUCUGGCUGAUAGUGCGUGCAUUUAUCACACGGGCUUUAUUAGAACUUUAAAAAUUAUAUUUUAAGGGCCAGGAGUGGUGGCACACACCUUUAAUCCCAGCACUUGGGAGGCAGAGGCAGACAGAUCUCUGUGAAUUUGAGGCCAGCCUGUCUACAUAGUGAGUUUCAAGUCAGCUGGGGCUACAGGGAGACCUGUCUCAAAAAGACCAAAAAAAAAAUUUUUUUUUAACUAUUUUUAUCAGAAACUUUUCUUUAUAUAUUGUACUUUAAAAUAAAUCAGUAUGCAAAACAUCAUCUUAUCAUUUUU